UUGGAUUAAAAAUUGUUAAGGAUUAAUUUGAGUGUGUUAGUAAAUGAAUAAAUAAAUAAAUAAAUCGCUCCCUUCACUCCAAACGCAAAGAGAGGAGGAAGCAAGAGAGUCACAACUCACGUCCAAGAUUCUUUUGAUUUUGAUUUUGUUGUAUGAUAUUGAGGCUACCAAGAUGCCAACCCCGGUGGCAGCAGCCCGGCAAUGCCUAACACCAGAGGCUGCCCGCGCCCUCGACGAGGCGGUGUCCGUUGCCCGCCGUCGCGGCCACGCCCAAACCACCUCUCUCCACGCCAUCUCCGCCCUCCUCUCCCUCCCCUCCUCCUCCCUCCUCCGCGACGCAUGCUGCCGCGCCCGCAACUCCGCCUACUCGCCGCGCCUUCAGUUCAAGGCCCUCGACCUCUGCCUCUCCGUGUCCCUCGACCGCUCCCCUUCCUCCAACCCAUCCACUGACCCGCCCGUCUCCAACUCCCUCAUGGCAGCCAUCAAGCGGUCUCAGGCCAAUCAGCGCCGACACCCUGACACGUUCCAUAACCAACUCUUGUUCCAAAGUAACCACUCUAACAACCUCCAACAAACUCAGCAACCGUUUUCUGUUUCGUCGGUUAAAGUUGAGCUGCAGCAUUUGGUGAUAUCGAUUCUUGAUGACCCGGUUGUCAGUCGGGUUUUCGCUGAAGCGGGUUUCCGGAGCUCCGAAAUUAAGCUCGCGAUACUCAGGCCCUUGCCGCAGCUUUUUCGCUACUCGAGAUCGCGUGGGCCGCCGGUUUUUCUAUGUAACUUGCCGGAACAAGGCCGCCGGGGAGGGUUUUUCGGGUUCCCGUUUUCCGGCCGCGGAGACGGAGGGGAGGAGGAGAGUUUCAGGAGGAUUGGGGAGGUUCUGGUGAGAAGCAAGGGGAGGAACCCGGUGCUGCUUGGCGCGUGUGCUGGCGAGGCGAUGCGGCAGUUCGUGGAGGCGGUGGAGAAGCGGAGGGAGGGGGUGCUGCCGGUGGAGCUGGUAGGGUUGAGGAUUGUGUCCGGGAUUAGGGAAGCGGAGGAGGUGGCGGAGAAGGGCGUGGGGCCAGGAGUGGUGGUGAAUUUGGGGGACUUGAAGGGUUUUGUGGCGGAGGAGGAGAAUAACGGCGGUGAAGAGGGUGUUCUUGGGGAACUGGGGCGGUUGUUGAAGGUUCAUAGUGAGAGGGUAUGGUUGAUUGGUUUUGCUGGGAGCUAUGAGUCUUACUUAAAAUUUGUUGGAAGGUUUCCUUUUGUCGAGAAAGAUUGGGAUUUGCAGCUUCUUCCCAUUACUUCUCUUCAAUCUUGCCAGAGACCAAGGUCCAGUUUAAUGGAUUCAUUUGUACCAUUUGGUGGAUUUUUCUCUUCCCCUUCCGAUUUGAAAAGUCCACUACCUGGCUGUAUUCCCAAUCUCAGGCACCGUCAAAACAGCGAAAGGUGUGAACAAGAAGUGCCUGCUCCAAAGGAAAGAUUUUCUUCUUUGGCUGUUGAACCAUGUCAAUCUAACUAUCAGCCAUGGCUACAGAUUGCAGAAAUCAAUGCAGCAAAAGGAUUGAAUGCUAAGACCAAAAAGGAUGAUUUUCUUUUAUUCGAUGGUGGUAAAUCCAUGCCAACUCAUAAGAACAUGGAUAAUGUUUACUAUCAUCUGCGCCAGGGAUUUUCCGAAGCAAAUUCUUGUCCGAAUGUUAUGGGUUUUCUUUGUACUAAAGAUAAAAAGAAAGAUGCUGAAAAUCGUGACAGCAAAGUUACAGACAAUUCUCCUGUUGAAGUCAUCGAUCUAAACUCGGAAGUUCCAGCCAAUUUGCAAAUUCUGUCUACAUCACUACCAACCAGUUCUUUUUCUUUGGCCUUCAAGGAAAUGCAGGGGAAGCAUACUUCGAAACCUAUGUUCCAAAAAGCGGAAGAUCUCGACUCAGCUGACCUGAGAUCAUGCAACAUCUCCAAUUCAAGUGUGUGCGAUGGUAGUGAAAUGUCUCCAACUUCAGUUAAUUCUGUAACCACAGAUCUGGGUUUAGGACUAUGUUCUUCUCCUACCAGCAAUAAAUUUAAGAAACCUAUUGACGAAUAUUCAAUGGGUCCUCCAAAGCAAAUUGGGAGUCAAUUUUCUUCCAACUUCAAUUUGGCUGAUGGGAAUAUCUUGAAACAUAUGUCACAGUCUUCUUCCUGCUUAAGUUUCGACCAUGUUAGACAAGUUGAUGCUAGAAAUCCCAAAAGCCUUUUUGAAGUUCUAUCGAAGGAGGUAACCUGGCAAGACGAAGCAUUACAUGCUAUCGUCAAAGCAAUAGUUUGCAGUUCAACAAAAAGGAUUAGACAAUGUGGAGCAAUUCAACGAGGUGAUUUAUGGAUGAAUUUUGUGGGACCUGAUAGGCACGGCAAAAAGAAAGUAGCCGUUGCUUUAGCUGAGAUUUUGUAUGGAAGUCGGGACAGCUUUAUUUGUAUGGAUCUAGGUUCCAAAGAAAUGAGAGCAUGCAAUGCUGUUAAAUUUAGGGGGAAGACUACUCUUGAUUUUAUUGUGGGGGAGUUUUGCAAGAAAACUUUGUCUGUGGUUUUUCUUGAAAAUGUAGAUAAGGCAGAUGGAGUAACUCAAAGCAGUUUGUUGCAAGCCAUCAGGACGGGGAAAAUAACAGACUCGCACGGACGAGAAAUCGGAUUAAACAAUGCCACAUUUGUGACUUCGUUUUUAAAUUAUAAAGAUAGUUUGACCUUAACAGAAGAACCUUCCAACUAUCCUGAGGAAAGGAUACUAAUGGCAAAAAGAGGAGCUAUCAAGAUCAAAGUUGAACAUGCCAUUGGAGACAUCAUAUCUAACAGAUUGAGAGAUGUUAUGCCAAAUCUAAUUUUUGUAAAUAAACGAAAAUUGAUUGGUGAUAAUGAAUUUCACCACGAUCGACAUUUAAUCUCAGAUGUGCCUAAAAGGGCACAUAUAGCAUCAAAUUGGCUUUUGGAUUUGAAUCUUCCAGCUGAAGAGAGUGAAUCGCAACAAAUGGACAUUGAAAAUUCCAAACAUGUCUCAACUGGGAACAACCAAAACAUUUGGUUGCAAGAUUUGUGUGAUCAAGCUUACCAAACAGUUGUUUUCAAACCUUUCGAUUUUGAUGCGCUGGAAGAUAGAGUGUUAAAAGUAAUUAGAAGUAACUUCAACAAGAUUCUUGGAUCAGAAUGUGUCUUACAAAUUCAGUCAGAAGUCAUUGACCAGUUGCUAGCAGCAGCAUAUGUCUUGGACCAGGAUACAGUGGUGAAGUGGGUGGAGCAAGUUCUGAGCGAAGGAUUCCUUGAAGUACAGAGAAGGUGCAACCCCACAGCUAGUUCAAUUGUGAAACUUGCUUCAUAUCAAGAUCAAGCUUUAAGUGUAUACCUUCCACCAACAAUACUUUUGGAUUGAAACUACUACCAGAAAAUGUUGGCUUUUCUGUAUUUGGCUGUAUAAUUUAGCAGUAAUACAUAGUGAAAACUACUUUUAGCCUUUACUGCUUCCUGUUAUUUUUGAUGGAUUUAUAUUUGUGUAGGUGGUGGUGGUUGUAGCUUAUAAUAUGUAAUCUGGAACUGGUAUUCUGUGUGGUUAUUAUUAUUGCGUUUGCAUGUUAAAA